GACAAAGAACACCAAUUUCCCAUUAUCUUCAACAACACACAAUGGAGUGUAUCUCCUUCUCCACCACCGCCACUCUCCGACACUUUCUUCCCUCAAAACCCCUUCAAUCCAUCUCCCUCCGCCGUCUUCCAAUCUGCUCAAAAAUCCAGUCUUUUUCGUCCCCUUCACAAACCCUACAAUCUAGAAAUCUUGGAAUUUCAGCAUCUUCGCCGCAGACACCGGCGACGGCGAUGAGAGGGGCGGAAUCGGAUGCAAUGGGUUUGUUGUUCAGAGAAAGGAUUGUAUUUUUAGGGACCCAAAUUGAUGAUUUUGUUGCAGAUGCUAUUAUUAGUCAGUUGCUUUUGUUGGACGCCCAAGAUCCUACUAAAGAUAUCAGGCUUUUUAUUAAUUCUUCUGGUGGCUCUCUCAGCUCUUCCAUGGCUAUUUAUGAUGUCUUGAAGCUAGUGAGGGCUGAUGUAUCAACAAUUGCGCUGGGCAUAUCAGCAUCAACAGCUACUCUAGUUCUUGGUGGUGGAACUAAAGGUAAACGUCUUGCAAUGCCUAAUACGAGAAUUAUGAUCCACCAACCAAUGGGAGGUGCUAGUGGACAAGCGAUAGAUGUUGAAAUUCAAGCCCGAGAAAUGAUGAAUAACAAGGAGAACGUGAUCAAAAUCUUAGCAGAAUCUACUGGUCGGUCUUAUGAACAAGUUCAGAAAGACAUUGACAGGGAUCGGUAUUUUUCUCCUAUUGAAGCAGUUGAAUACGGAAUAAUCGAUGGGGUUAUAGACGAAGAUAGCAUUAUACCACUUGAACCUGUCCCAGAUCGAGUUAAAUCUACCCUCAGUUAUGAUGCAAUUAGCAAAGAUCCUGAGAAAUUCUUGAAUCCCGACAUACCUGAUGAUGAAAUUUACUAGUUGGAAGGUAACUACUGCCCGAAGACAAAUUUACAGUCAUUAGACUUUGUAGUGGUAAAAAUUAAAGUGAUAAAGCAGUUUCAUUUGUAUUUGUUGUAUCUCUUAAGUUAAAUAAUGACAUUGAGACUAUUUUCAUAAAUUGCAAAUUUGUUCUUUAGA